CCUUCUGUGUUUAAAUAGUCAAGUUUCCUCCUUCGGGCUCGGCUCCGUCUAUCGCCAUGUUGGCUGUUGUUGUGACUUGACGUGUUUUUACUACGAACCUGACAGGAGCGGCUCCGCGCGCGCGCCCCCCACACACGCCUUCGUAUAUAUAUUUUUUUUUAUAUUAAUUUUUUUUUUUUCCAACUUUUGUUUUUGUGAUUCUUGGAUGACAUUCGCGGAGCAUGCACGUGCCGUUUCUGCUUUUAAAGGGAGUACUUGCAGUUUGAGAGAGUCCAAAACUUCCUGCUCGUGCGCGAGCGCGUGGGUUUUCCGUCCUUGUCGUGUGUGCGCGACAAAAAAAUGUCAGAUGUUCGCCUUUCCGACGCGAGCCCGACGGUGGAGAGGGUGGACGCGCGGCAGCCCGACAACGUCCGCUCGGUGUCCCGGAUGCUGUUCGGCACGCCCGACCCGGAGGAGACGAGGAGGUACGUGGAGGCUGUGCAGCAGGAGAGCGCGCAGGAUUUUAUGGAGCGGUACAACUUCGACCCGGUGACUGACACGCCGCUUUGCCCGGGGAUAUUCGAGUGGGUGGAGGACGACGAAGCACCGGAGUUUUACCACAGGCCGCCCCAUAGGAGCCAACGGCCAAAGCGGGGGGAGGCUCGAGACUCAUCCGGCGACGAGCGACCGAACGGCGAGGGGAGUAGGAGACCGGAGUCCGCCCAAGCCAGCACGAACGGUUCGAGGAAACGACGGCCAGGAGCCUCAGGUUCUUGCUCUGAUGAGUGUCAGAAGAAGAGGUCCAGUUCGGACAGAGAUGAUGACGAAGAGGACCCGGACUGUGUAGGACGUGUAGUGAAGUCAGCCAGCAGGCCUGAUGACAACCAGGAGGUCCUGUUGAAUGCAGAGCACUGAGACCUGUCGCUGGUGGAAUACUGUAGGCGUUCUCCUCACCUGACGGAAAAGAGAAACAAAGCAGCUUCAUCCUGAAGACGAGGACGGGCUGCACAAAAAGCACUAAAGACGUACACUAUCGAGGUCUGGCACUCGUAUCAAAUCAAAAUAGCCUCAAAAAGCAGCAGACAAUGUAGCAGUAUGCAAAUUAAUUUUUGCUUUUUUUUUUUUUUUU